AUGGCUCAACAAGAUGAAGGUUUGAGCGAUGAAAACGUACAUGUAAAGGAACUUAAAAGGUUAUUCAACUCAUGCAACUCUGAACGUAAUGGAUUAUUGGACAAGGACGGAUUGCUCAUUUUAUGCGAAAAGCUCAAUUUAUCCAUUUUCGCCGGUAGUAUAAUUGACAGAGUGCUAUGCAACGACCAUGCCAUCAAUUUUAAUCAAUUCAAAGACCGUUUCCUACUAUUCCUGCCGGAAAUCAUCGAUCUAGCGUCCGGAAACCAAGAUGAACUACUCAUCGCUGCAUACAAAUCCAGUUCCUCGCUUGGCAUUAAAGACACGCAACGACUAACGCGUUAUGACGUCCACACAAUUUGCGAGUCGACAUCCGAGCUCGAUCUUCUGUCUGUCGGAGAUGUCAACGAGAUUUUCGACAAAUGUGCAAUCUCUGGAAAAGUGUCGUUGAACGAUUUCGUAUCGCAGUAUCGAGCACGACAGAAGAUGUCGGAAGAGAUUCAUUUUAUUGCGGAUGCGUAUCGAAUAUCAAGUGUCAACUUGCUUGAAACGCUUGAUGUAAACAAUUCUGGCGAGGCAGAUCAUUCGGCCGUCAUUGAAUACUUAACGACUUCCGGAUUGAAGCUAGAAGAAGCCAUCUCAUUGUUGAAGGAUUUCGGCCAACCGACUUCUGCAAUGAUUAGUCUUGUGGGUCUCGGCAACUACUUUGAGAAUACUCUAUCCCAUUUGCUCACCAACUCAUCAGUGUCUGCUAAAGCCGCCUUUUUCUGCAUGAAAUCAUUAUUGGAAAAUUAUAGAUGUACGGUUAGAGAGUACGAGCUCAGGUGCGAACACAUGCAGAAACAAAUACACAUUGCUAAUCAACGACGAACAAUGCUCAUCGAAGAACUCGACCAAAAUCAGCAAAGCAUUGAAGCGAGUUAUAAUAAUCGAUUAAAAAAUGGAGGAAAGAUGCCGAGGCAGAAUUGCGGCAAUGGAGGAGAAGUUUCGAAUGGAGAGGCAGGAAAUGCAAAGAGAAUUGAAGUCAUUGAGAAGGAUCUGUCGUUGGUUCGACAUAAUGAAACAUCGCUAAAAAACAAGCUGCAAUUAAUGGAAAGGCACAACAAACGGAUCACAACAGAGUUGGAAGAUCAGACAGAAGCAGUGAAUGUGCUGGAGCAGGAGAAUCGAGAGCUUCGAGCCGAGUUGAGAAAGAAACAACAGUUCCGGGUGUCAGAGGACAAUGCAAAGAUUAUGGCUUGGAAACAGAAGGUGGAAUUGAUGGUGGCGCAUAAUAAGCGAUUACGAGAAAAACUGCGUGACAUAUCGAAAAACACCAAAUGCGAUCUCUCCUCGGACUCUUAUAUUCAAUGGACACCCCCAUUCCGUAGUCAGCUUCUCCUUAUUCGAAAGCGUCGAGUCCAAAAAGGCGACACACUAUCAGAAAUGGACAGUGAGCCCGAAUCGAUAUUCUAUCGACGGCGGCGGAAACGGUUACACAAAAAACGGGAUCGAAUGCGUCGAUAUGAGACAAUUCAUAACAUACAAUCGGGUUCAAAUCGAGUUAACGAGGAUGGAAAUCUAACUGCGUUCAGUGAAAAUAGUAGGAAAUCAUUAUUAUCCCCAAGGAGUCGAGGAAUGUUAACAUCGUUAAAUGACAAUGAUCAAAACAUUUCCAGCGAUAGAUUACUGAUAAAUCGGGCCAAGAAUUCGGACCGAACAAAAAAGUCCACAACGGCAUUUGAUGAGCUACCACAUGUGAAUGACUAUCAAGUGGAGAUAAAGAUGCUCCAUUCUUCGAUAGCUGCUCAGAAGCAGAUGUACGAGGGUCAGAUUCUCAACCUAACGAGGAAGCUGGCCCAAGUUCAUAAUCCCGAAGAGUCGUCAUCAAGGUUGUACUCGCUGUUUGACAGAUAUAGACCAACUGACUCGGACUCCAAAUCGCCGCGAUCAAUCGGCAUGGAGAAGAACGGGUCUUUGGGUCGGAUAGCAAGCAAUUUGUGUGCAAGAUGCAUCAAGGUGGAGCCAAAGAUCAAUGAGUUAAACAUCAUUGUUGGUGGAUCUGUCAAGAAUAUGGCAAUAGAGGAUCCGGUGCCAACGAUUAUGAAUAAUGACCACCUCCAUACUGAAGUUGGACGUCUCAAAGCUCGUCUCACAUCAGCCAGAUGUAAAGUGGCCGAAAUCGUGGCGGUGAUGGCACUUCCGCUAUCAACAUCGCGAAGCCAACUGAUGCCAUCCAACGAAUUUCAGUCAUCCAAGUCGCAACCAUUUUCCAUUCGAAGCCAGCGAUCAUUUGCCGAUCUUCGCGAACGGACGCCAUUAUCCGAAAAGUCUGAAUCAUCUCGUGAUUGUGUAAUCGAUCCGUCGCAGUUCACUCCAUCCAGCAUUUUCACGAAACAGCUAUAA